GGCUUAGGGCUUCGCCACUCUCCUGCUUGGAAAUCAAACAAUCCCGUGACCCGCCCGUUUUCCCUUCUUUUUCCCUUUCGAUCCCUCGACACCCAACGACAUCCAACAACCCAGUUCGCAGGAAGUGCAUAUCGCCAAUUUCCAGCACUCACAAUGGCUCGCCGUCCCGCCCGCUGCUACCGCUACUGCAAGAACAAGCCGUACCCCAAGUCGCGCUUCAACCGUGGUGUUCCCGACCCCAAGAUCCGCAUCUUCGAUCUGGGCCGUAAGAAGGCCAACGUUGACGACUUCCCCACCUGUGUGCACAUGGUCUCCAACGAGUAUGAGCAGCUGUCGUCCGAGGCCCUCGAGGCCGCCCGUAUUUGCGCCAACAAGUACCUUGUGAAGAUCGCCGGUAAGGAAGGUUUCCACAUGCGUGUGCGUGUCCACCCCUUCCACGUCAUCCGUAUCAACAAGAUGCUUUCCUGCGCCGGUGCCGAUCGUCUGCAGACCGGUAUGCGUGGUGCCUUCGGUAAGCCCCAGGGUACCGUUGCCCGUGUGAACAUCGGCCAGAUCAUUCUGUCCGUCCGCACCCGUGACGCCCACCGCGCCACCGCCAUCGAGGCUCUCCGCCGUGCCAUGUACAAGUUCCCCGGCCGCCAAAAGAUCAUCGUCUCCAAGAACUGGGGCUUCACCCCCGUCCGCCGCGAGGAGUACGUUCAGCUCCGCCAGGAGGGCAAGCUCAAGCAGGAUGGUGCCUACGUCCAGUUCCUCCGUGGCCACGGUCUGAUCGAGGAGAACAUGCGCCGCUUCCCCGACGCCUACGAGAACCUGUCUCAGGCUUAGAUGGAGGUUGUUUGGGUUUGAUCCAGAAUAUGAAUUCAAGAACGAAAAAAUUUGAAGUUCGGAUGUUACUCUUAAAACCUUCCUCUUUCCUGCCCUGUUUC